GACCGAACAUGAACGACAUACAAAGGAAAUGGAGUAUAUAUCUCAGAGACCUCCAGUUUCUAUCACCACAGCGAAGACGUAAACCAUUUGUUGACCACCACAUCUAGCUUCAGAGCCUAGUUUGAUCAGCCAAAGCAAAGAUGAACUACUGGAAAUCUAAGGUUUUGCCCAAGAUCAAAAAGGCUUUUGAGAAGAACAACCCCAAGAAGGCUGCUGCUGCUGAGGCUUGCAAGGCCUUUGAUGAAUCUAAGGAACAGUUUGGGAAAGAGUUCGAGGAUAAGAAGUCUGAACUUCAGCCUAAAGUUGUUGAAAUCUAUGAAGCUUCCUCAGCUCAGACAAAGAAAUUGAUAAAAGAACAAAAGGGCGUAGGGCAGAAGAAGAACUCAGCGGCAGUUCAGAAGUUCCUGGAUGAGCUUGUCAAGAUCGACUUUCCCGGAUCAAAGCUGGUCAGUGAAGCCAGUUCGAAGUUAGGGCCUGCUUACGUGGCCGGUCCGGUUUCGUUUCUAGUCGAAAAAUUUGCUUCGCUGAUCCCGGAGGAGAAGAAAGAAGAGGAGGCGCCGGCGGCGGAGGUGAAAGAGAAGGAGAUAGUGGUCGGGGAAGAAUCAAAAGCUGAAGUCCCUCCACCGGUGGCGGAGGAUGCUCCGGCAGCAGAAACUCCGGCUGAACCGCCAAAGGAGGAGGAGAAACCGGCCACAGCCGUUGAUCCAACAAAAGCUUGAUCUCUGAUCGAAGCAAUUAUUGCAUGUAGUCUUCACACACUUCGCUCUUGCCAAAGAUACUUUUGUGGUAAACAAAUAGAAUUAUAUUCCAAUUUGUGCUGUGAGAAGGAUUAAAAGAAAAUGAACUUUAAUUUCAAUUAUUCAUUACAUUGAUUCGUGGUUAAGUAUAAUAUCUGUAAAAAAAUUAUAUUAAUGCUUUGUUUCUUCUUACGUUGUGUACUCUAUUGUAAGAACGUCAGCUAGUUUGUUUACAUUGCAUUUUUCAUUCAUAUGAUGUGUAUAUAUAUAAUGGUUUCGGAUUUAAUACUCUAUUUGUUCCCCUUUAAACGUCUUAAUCAUCAAGUCAACACAACUUUUAUGCUCCGUAGAAAUGAGUGAGCAAAGUCCUUUAAAGACUCAUUUCCAAUGUCCAAUUAAACUUGUUUCUUAGCCUAAAAAUUAAUACUCCGUAGUCCGUAUACCUUUUGAAGAAUUGUUCUCAAGAAUAAUGGACUAGACACUGCUUCUAUUUGGGCCUGUUACUAUUGGACUUUAUUACUACUCCGCAAUAGAUUAGAAUAGCUUGUUAUAUAAGAAUGUACUCUUACUCUAAUCAGGUUAUAAUGAAUUAGCUAUUACUUUUAUCUGGAAGUCUUUUUACAUGAAUACUCUUGUGCAUAUUUACUCCAAGAGCUCAUAUAUGAGAUUUCACAUGGUAUCGGAUUAAAGCUUCGAUCCUAUUCUACUCCUAUAUUUCUUCGUCAAUUGCUACAAUUUUUUUAUUCUCUUCACCGGUUUCUAUAAUCGAUUGAAUCUCCUGAUCAUUUUUUCGUUUAUCGAUCUCACAUUAAACCAUAACUACAAAAGGUAUGAGCCUCAAUAUGUCUUAUAAUCCUAUCAAAGAUCUGUCAUCACCUUACUAUGUCCAUCCAAAUGACCAAGCCACACUUCAAUUCACAUCAUUUACGAG